UUAACUGGGUCAUAACACCCAGUUUUCCCAGGACAGACUUUGGAUCCAUUGACCAAUAUAAACAGAUAUCCAGAGUGUAUUCUUCAGUACUGAUCCACAGGAUGGAGCUGUUGAGUUGCAACUUGAAACCAUGUUGCCGUUCACAUCAAACCACAGGACUUGAGGUGUCAAACGUACAGAGUGGGAGAAACAGAAGUAGAAAAAGGGGAAGCUACUUUAAGAAAGCGUGAUGCGAACGGAUGAGACAAGAACAAAUGUGCAGGUAGAAAAAAGAGGUUCUUCAUGGCGCGCUGCGUCUUCCACAUCAUCUGGAUUCUUAUCAUCCACCUGUGGCUCUCACUACUAAUCACCGGUACUACAGAAGAAAAUAAUACAGACUGUUUCCCAGCUAUCCGGGUACCACGCAACACAGUGUGGAAAGCUCGUGAAAUGGACAACCUGAGGAUCAACUGUACUGUAGAAAGUGAAUCAAACUGUUGGAACAAAAUAUACGUCACAUGGUGCAAAAUUGAUUUGAAGAAUGAAUGCAUCCAUUUGAAUCAUUCUAAUCACACCACAACUGAAUGGAAACAUAUUAAUGAGAGUCCAAGGCUGUUCUUCCUGAUAUUCCAAAACGUAUCCAUGCAGGAUGCUGGUCUUUACAGAUGUAUGAUCAUAUCACCUGCACCUAGUAUCAGCCAUAAUAUCAAUGUCACGGUGACAGAAUAUGUUCCGGAUUCUAGCACUGCAUCUCAAGUAACACAAGGAACAACAAUCAAUGCAAAUACAAAUACGACUGCACAUCCGACAUGGCCGCAGUCCUACGUGUACAUCUGCAGUGGGGUUGGGGUGCUGGUCUUCAUAGUGGUUGUGUCUGUAAUUUUCAUCUGCUGUCGAGGGAAGAAGAAAUCAGUUAAAAAAACAAUACACCAGAAUCAGUGCACGCCAUCCCCAGUGGCUGAUCAUGCUCCACCGGUAUAUCCCAGGGAGUUUCCACAGAAAUCCCAAACUCUUCCUGCCCAAGUCAGUCUUUCAGCAUCCUGUACCUAUGACACGCCUCCUGCCAGAGUUAGAGUUUCAUCUCUAAGAGACAGACCAUCAGCGGGAAGACAUCCUGUCAGUCAGGGACUGCGGAGACAAUGCCACAACCGUCUGGAAGUGGAAGAUUUAGAAGAGGUUGCAGAAGAGAAUCCUUUGAUAUAUGCCUCCCUAAAUCACGGGGCUGUGCCACAAAGACCGGUUCGAGUCGCUCAUGUACAGAUUGAAGCAUCAGAAUAUGCUGCCAUUAAACUCACAUAACUCUAACAGUCCUAAAGCUACAGGAAACUAAACACAGUUUAUUUUUCCUAACAUUUUAAAGCCAGUCUGGACUUAUGUAUUUUGCUGUAGGACUGUUGGUUGAAUACACAGACAGCACAAACCUAUAUCUUGAACAAAUUCAGUUUGUUCACAAUAUUCACACUUUAUAGUUUGUGACAGCAUGCUAAGGGUGGAAUGAGGGCAAUUCGUGAGUGAUGACUAAGAUAAAUACAAGAUGCAUACCAGCUUUGUGUAACUGUGAUGACCUAGAUCUAUACCAACCGAGGUAUUACUGAUGUCCAUACCAACAAAGUCCCCAAGCCACAAGCUUUUUUUUUACCCCAAGCCGAUGUCAAUUGAGAUCAAGACAAGACCAAGACCCAGAACAACUGAGAUCAAUACAAGCUCAAGACCCACACCAAUAAAGACCAUGACAAGAAUAAGGACCAUACUAACCAAAACCAAAAACAGACAUAGACCAUUUCCAUCUAAGGCCAGGAAAAUUUCCAGGCCCAUACCAUCUGAGAUAAAGACAAGACUAAAAUCCAUAGCAACUGAGGUCAAGACAAGACCGAGAUCCAUAGCAACUGAGAUCAAGACAAGACCGAGAUCCAUAGCAACUGAGACCAAGACAAGACCGAGAUCCAUAGCAGCUAGGGUCAAAACAAGACUGAGAUCAAGACAUUUAAACAAGAAAUUAUUAUUCCUCAUGUUAAAAACUUAUUAUUAAGACCAGACUGUAUCCAAGAUCAGGAUAUAGUGACCUCAAGAAAGAACACAGAAAAGUGAACCAUGUAAAGUGAAGUAAAUACACCGAAAUAAUUUCUCUUUCAGAAAUACAUCUAAGUACUGUGUAAAAUGGGCGAGCUACACAAGAUUUAUUUAACACAGAUUUGGAUAUUAGGGGACAAAAAAAUCAGAAAUUGUUGGUAGGAAAGGAAAAAAAAAAGUCCAGAUCUGAUUCAGCUUUCAGUUUUUAAAAAUGAUCACUGUAUGAAGUUGAUUAUUUCUUAACAAGGUUUAAUAUAUGACUAUACUGUACGUGUAUGAUAGAUCACUUGUGUCUUUAAUAACAAAGCUGUAGCAUGCAUCUAUACGGCAUUGUCUUUACUAAUAUUGUUUUUUUUUCCUACCUGGGGCAUGAAACUUAAAAUACUCAUGCACAAUUGAAUUUCUCUGAGAAAAUACUUCUUAAUGCUUUAUAAUUAAAUGUAUGAUUUUCUUCAUGUGAAAUGUGAUUGUUUAAUAUAAAGCUAGUUUUACUGA